AAUAAAAAUUAAAUUGAAACAAUUGGAAAGUAAAGACAUUCCAAACAAAAGUGCGUGUCUCUCUAUUUAUAUAAAUAUUAGCAAGAAAAGUUUGAGAUUGUUUUGCUUUAAAGUCUGGAAAAGAUCGUAAAUAUCUUGCAGAACGAUAGUCUCCAUAACCGAUUUUCCUUUUGCUUUACAUAAACGGAUUUUUCUUCCUAUAAACAACAACAAUAACAAUAACAACAAUUAAAAUAAUAAUAUUAAUAAAUAAAUAAAUAAAUUAAUUAAUAAAUAAAUAAUAACAUGGAUCAUUCCCAACACACUUUACACAGCAAUCACGAUCAUUUAAUGCAUCCUAUGCAUACUGCUACAGAAAGGGCCAUGGACCAGCAAAUGAUGUCUACAACAACAAGUUCGGCCGAUAUGCACAUGCAUCACAGUACAAUGCAUCACAGCGGGCAUAGUAUGGACGAGAGCGGCGGCGGGAGGAAUAUUGGCGGCGAUAAUAUGCAUAUGAUGCAUAGUAUGAUGUCCAUGUCGUUUCAUUUCGGUUGUAAUGAAAUCAUCUUAUUUGAUUUUUGGAAAGUGACUACCGUUUGGGGUAUGGUCGGAUCGGCUAUUGCCGUUUUUAUUUUGGCCUUGCUGUAUGAGGGGCUCAAGUACUAUCGUGAAUAUCUGUUCUGGAAAACUUAUAAUUUAUUGGAAUAUCGUCCAGUAACGGCCCCCCAAACAAGUGCCGAAACUGGUAAUAGUUCAGCGGUAACACCACAAAACUCUGCUGCUCGCGUCCAAUAUGUGGGCGAAGUUAUACAUAAACAACCUCCCAGCAUGUUGUCACUGAGUCAUUUAUAUCAAACAUUCUUGCACAUGGUGCAAGUUACAGUGUCCUUUUUUCUAAUGUUAAUAUUUAUGACUUAUAACGUGUGGUUAUGUAUGGCCGUUGUAUUGGGUGCUGGCUUGGGUUAUUUCCUAUUCUGCUGGAAGAAAUCCGUUAUUGUCGAUGUAACGGAACAUUGUCACUAGCAAUGUAUAAGAUGUCAAUGACGUUUUGCAAUGCGAAAAUAUUUAUGGCCAACACAAGUGGGCAUUAAACCAGCACUACCAUUAUUACAACAACAA